CAAUUUCAUGACGUCAAGCAAAGAUGUUGAGGCAUCAUCUUCCCAACACAAAUCUAAGAAGCAGAAAACUCAACGGCAAGGAUACAUCUAUGAUGGACAAAACCGAAUAACGAUGUGGCCAGAGGAACAGAUAAGACACUUCAUCUCAGUUUCGACCCGACAUUUGAUACUCAGUGUUCUAGAGCAGUACACCACAGACAUGUCUAGAAUAGAGAGCGAGUGGGAUUAUAUAACCACCCACACACCAGACCAUCUAAAAUCAAAACUACCGAAACAACUGAAACUCUCUGUUAAUGGAUAUCAGUACCUUACAAGAAAAAUGACUCAAAUUACAUUGCAUGAACCAAAUAUAAAUACAAGAGAACAGUACGAUUUUGCAAAUGCCAGUUUCAUUUACGAUUCAAAUCCCAAGCAACCAGUUUUUAUAGCAUCUCAGAGUCCAAUGCCCUCAACGAUAACACAAUUCUGGAAAAUGGUCUGGGAAUGGAAUGUUUCGACGAUAGUUAUGUUGUCUGUUGUCAGAGAAAAGGGAGAUGUAAAAGGGUGCAGGUAUUGGCCUAAAGAAGGGAUCGUGUCCUAUGGACAGUUUGAGAUUUGUGUAGUAUCAAAACAUGCUGUCUGCCCACACUAUUUGGUGAGGAGUUUUUACAUCAAGGACCGUAUAUCAGGAAGCAGUAGGACGCUAACUCAGUUCCAGUAUAAGAGCUGGAAUGAUGUUACUGAUAAUACUCCAGCCAAUCUUUCUUCUUUCCUGGAAUUCAGACGAAAGAUUCAGAGGAGCAACAUAUCAUGUAAGACGCCCACUGUAGUGCAUUGUAGGGACGGGCUGGGAAGAACUGGCACCUUCAUCUUGCUGGAACUAGCUCUUAGGAAGCUUGCAAGAGAUGGGGAUAAAAUAAAGGAACUUGACCCCUGUGCUCUGUUGGAGUUCCUGCGAGAUCAGCGGCCCGGGCUAGUCAGCAACAAACAGCAGUAUCAAUUCUUUGUGGGUGCCUUUUGCGAAGAGGUUCAUGCUAUGAUGACAGUAGCUGAGGAAAGCGGUAACCAUGGCAACCAACUACUUCUGAAACUUCAACAACAGCUUCUAACAUGAAAAGCUGCCCACUACACAAAAGAAAUCUCCGAUCUGGAUAUAGCAGCCUGGGGCAAGUUUACAUUAUGUUAACGGACAGGCGUCUGAGGUAUGCUAACAACAACAAAAACUUCACAGAACGGGACUCUUUCUUUGUUGGAGAUUCAGAUGACAAGUUCAGGGAAUUGACAUAUAUUUGCUAUUAUUGAACAAUUUAUUUCAUUAUUUGCCCCUCUUAAAUCUUAAUCUUGUGAAUUGUUUUGAUUUUUAUUUAAGGGUAGGGAACUUUAAACUAAGUAGCUAUUGGUGCUAUUAUCUGUAGCUAAUCCCAACACAUACUCACAUUUACAUAUAAUUAUAAUACAAAUCUCAUUUCACUCCACCUAGAAUUUCUGUACACUUUGUACUUGUAAAGUAAUAUGUAAAUUAAGAUUAAAACUGGCAUGUUUUAAAUGUUAAUAGACUUAAUUGUAAUGUUUGACAAGGACUGUUCAUUAUUUGGAAACUUAUUGAUACGUUUUUGAGAUAUUUAGAGAGAUAAUUGGGAUGAAUUGAGAAGAUUAGCGAUCGACGCUAGGGGACUAGAUCAAAGGCAGUAGUUUUUACUUUUAAGGACAGAUUUGGCUCAUUGCCCAUUGCCUGUUUAUCACUUUAAUAUGUAGGUACAGGCAAGGUUUCCCUAUACAGAUCCUAAGGACUAACGCUUCGUUAGAUUUAGUAACUUGGAUACUAAUUUGAAGUGAAAGUUUUCCAAAAUGUCUGACAGUGGCAGAUAAAACACAUCUUCCCCUUCUUUUAUUGAGAGAUAUCAUCACCUUCAAAACUUUUAACAUUUAUUGUGUAUAAUAGGAAAAUUAGUGUUCGUUUAUUUGAAUAGGAUUUGAUGACACAUAAUGACUACGCAGUUUGUAGUCCAAAGAUGUCCCUUUAACUCCCGUCCUCAAAAUGUGGUCCAGAUCGCCUGGUGCGACUCUAAGAAUUUGUAACUUGUAGCGACCAUUUUAUUUUGUAUUUGAGCGUAAAGUAAUUCCAAUCUAAUUUAAUAUGGGUCAUACAUCCGGAUCCCGAUGGCACUGUCGCGACAUUCUCGUGGCACUCUCGAGGCACUCUGGCGGCACUCUGGCGUGUUCGUUCAAAAGCAUACGCAAUAAGACAAUCAUUAUACCUUCAUUAUUAUCUUUUCACAAUAGCCACGGUGUCAUGAAAGCAUUUACUAGCCUUGUCGAAGCCUUGUGAUUUACAAUCCUGAUCUGGUGACAUGUCAUAUGCUAUCAGCUUAUGGGCGUUGCGAUAACAUUCCUGCAGGUAUCACAUAGCAAUAAGAAGUCCCACGUGCAAUGUUCAGUUGUUUUAGAAUCUGGAUUGGUAUGACGUAGGUAUCGACUUGACGUGACUCACUCGUGAGGACACUCGUGUGUCAUGCUAAUUCUACGUUGUACCUUGCUACCAUGUCACAGAAUAUGGCAUAUAAGACGAGCUCCAUAGGGAAAUAGCAUUAGUGAUGGUUCACACUUCCCGAUCAUUCAAGUACGCCUGCUACGACCUUCUGUUUUCAACAGAAGGUCUUGUCUUGAAUGACUGUCUUAUGCUUUUGAACGAACAUGAUUGAAAGUUGGCAAUGUGCCGCGAGACUGCCAUCGGAGUCCGGAUGUUAAUGACCGUAAUAUAUAUAUAUAUUAUAUAUAUAUAUUUCAUUGCUGAACUUCUACACAAUAAAAAAAGCGGUUUUGACGGUUGAUAUAUAUGUACUACGACUUAAUCAUAUUUUGCAACUGUGAUGACGAUAUUCGACUAUUUAAUAAUACAGUAAUAUACUGUCUAUUCAAUGGUAACGAAUUGACCAUUUUUACACUUAGUAGUACAUAUUAUAAUAUAACUAAAUUGAUUUAUUGUGUUGUAUAUUGAAUUUAAUUUUGAUUCUUCAAUCUC